AUGACCGUUGAUCAUCUCGCGGUUUUUCCAUUAUUCUCCUUCCAUUUUGCUUUCCAAAAUUGUUGUCGUCGUCGUCGAUGAGUCGAUGAAUCAAUUGAUGUCAGUGCAUCAGGGCGAAACACGUUGUUACCUGGUCGAGGAGCUUGUUCACUAAAGGUAAGUAGCAUGAAACGUUUGAGCGUAGUCCACUCGAGAUACUAACUGGUUGAGGAGAAAAAUAUAACGAGGUACGUAACGUGUUUCAUCUCUCGCGAGAACGGGGCCUCACGUGGUGUGGUACCAAUCGAUCAGAGUACGUGGUGUGGACAAGAAGUUCGUCAAAUAUACUUUCUCUUUCUUUCUCUCUGCUAUGUAUUCAGAGGAAAUUAUCGUUCGUUUGUUAGUUUUAUCUUCGCGUUGUUGGAGUUUUAAAGUCGUGUGGCAAAUCGUUUAAAAUUGACGCUUUUGUUAGAUGCGUACUGCUGUUCGUUGUCGGAGAACUAAUAAUGUGGAAUCAUAAUUAUUGUAAUCAAAAUAGAAAUAACCGUAAGACAACAAUUAUUUUUUCGACCGAAGUGUUCUUGAUUGGAAGCAAUAAUUAUAAAUUAUCCACAGUUUGUUUCAUUGUCAGUAUUGACGGAGUAAAUUUCGGUUCUUUUUCUUCGUGAACUUUUGCAAAAUUUGCGUUGCAGCUUCUAAAAUGUUUGACAACGUUAGGGAGAAGUUUUGGUCGAAUAUUUUAUUACGUGCAAAACUGAGAUGGGAUUUUUUUUAUCGAAAAUUUAUUUCAAUCGAAGAAAUAAAUUUCUCUUGAUGCUAAAAUUCCCUUCAUUAAUAAUGGUUAUUGACGACGAGAGAAAUUUUCAAUCGCUUGUGAUCGUUGAAUUGUACUGCUCAAAAAUCGAAAUUUCUAAUCGUAUAAUUUUCUGAAUAAUAGAAUAUAGUUUUCCUUAACUCGGAUAAUAAAUAAAUUUCUGUUACUGAUUUCGUUCACCAAAACUUUUACACGAAUUAAUAUCAAAUUAGUAUGAAAUUCGGGAAACGUAGAUCAGAGAUUACUGUCAAUGUGAAUAUGAUAAUCAAAGGAAAUAAAAGAGACGUUGAUAAAUUAAAUUUUGGAGUGUUCAAAAUUAUCCAAUCUAUCGAAAGUCUAAAAUUUUAAUAUCUAACCAGGAGUACAUGAUAAAUUAAAAUUACAUUCGUCUUUAAACAUACAUCUUUUGAUAUAUUUGUUUAAUAUAUAGCAAUAUAUUAAGCGAGCCAAUCAUUUUAUUAUUGAUUAUAAAAUUAUCUGCACAGUACUUUAGUACGGACUAAACACUCAAAGGGUUAAGCUAGGUUUCAGAAAAAAAAAAACAAAAAAAAAAAAAGAAAAGACACGAACGACGAUGUACGAUCUUUCACAUCGCAAGCCGAUAGAAACGUAUCACUGUUAACGCAGAAAAUUUCUCUGCGAACUUCUUGUCCACACUCUGUAUCAAGGAAAACGACGACAAACGCUAGUUUGAUCGCAAGUCCGAUCCAUCAAAGAGAAUAUCGAUUAUGCACCGAUAGACAGCCUUCUUUCUCGCAGAGACAGCCUCUUUCGUCAUAACGAUCGAAAGAAAUCGAAUCUGAUUAGCGAGUAAACGUGCGCAGAGCGGAGAACGAAACGAACGGGGACGAGUUUAGUCGUAUAUAUAUAUACAUAUCUGGGCAAUGAACGCAUAUCCUUCCAGAACCGUCCGGCCGUACUGCCCCAAAAGGGACUGGAGACGGCCUUAAUAAGUACCGCGGGGUAGAGGGCGAGUCUCUGGCGCUGGCGUGUGCGGCACAAGGCUUUCCUGCCCCGAUCUCUAGUGCCAACUGGAAGCCCCGGUGGCGCAACCCCCACGAGAUAGGUGACGGAAGCGCGACUCUGAGAAAAGGAUGCGGGCCCUCUUCUCCUUCGGUAACCUCGGUGCUGAUCCGGGUGGGUCCGAGAGGGUGUCACCCGAUCAAUGGGGCGAACAAUGUUGCCCUGCACCUGUACACCUCCAAUAAGUCCCACGAUAUCUGGCUGGGCUCGUCACGUCGUCAACCUGUUCAGCUGAACGAGCGCGUACGUCAGGUCAGCGGAACAUUGAUCAUCCGCGAGGCUCGCGUCGAAGAUUCCGGCAAGUAUCUGUGCAUCGUGAACAAUUCGGUCGGUGGCGAGAGCGUGGAGACCGUCCUCACCGUAACUGCCCCAUUGGCUGCCGAGAUCGAACCCAGCACGCAGACCAUCGACUUUGGACGACCGGCUACGUUCACCUGCAACGUUAGAGGAAAUCCGAUCAAGACUGUCUCCUGGCUGAAGGAUGGCAAACCUCUUGGACUGGAAGAGCCGGUACUGAGAAUCGAGAGCGUCAAGAAAGAGGACAAGGGGAUGUACCAGUGCUUCGUUAGAAAUGACCAAGAAAGCGCUCAGGCGACUGCUGAAUUGAAACUUGGUGGACGAUUCGAACCCCCGCAGAUUCGCCAGGCCUUCGCCGAGGAGACUCUGCAGCCGGGGCCGAGCAUGUUCUUGAAGUGCGUGGCCAGCGGAAAUCCGACUCCUGAGAUCACCUGGGAACUCGAUGGCAAACGGUUGUCCAACACAGAGAGGCUUCAAGUAGGCCAGUACGUUACAGUGAACGGCGACGUGGUUGGAUCUGCGGAGCAUUCUGCGCGUCUCAACGUCUACGGUUUGCCCUUCAUUCGCCACAUGGACAAAAAGGCCAUCGUUGCCGGCGAGACUCUUCGCGUGACCUGUCCAGUUGCCGGAUAUCCGAUCGAAAGCAUCGUGUGGGAACGGGACACCAGAGUUCUGCCGAUCAACAGGAAGCAGAAAGUCUUCCCGAAUGGCACGCUUAUCAUCGAGAACGUCGAGAGGAUGAGCGACCAGGCUACGUACACCUGCGUCGCGCGUAAUGCUCAAGGUUACAGCGCGAGAGGAACGUUGGAAGUUCAAGUCAUGGUGCCGCCCACGAUACAGCAGUUCUCGUUCACGAAGCUACCCAUGAACGCCGGAGAGUUCGCAAACCUGCAGUGUAUCGUACCGACCGGUGACCUGCCUUUGAACAUACGUUGGAGCUAUCCCGGAGAAGAGAUGGGCGGUUCCUCCGGCGUACUUGCGAAGAAGGUCGCGGAUCGCGUUAGCAUGCUCAUGAUAUCAGUCAUCACCGCGAGACACGCGGGGGAGUAUGUUUGCACCGCUGAAAACGCGGCUGGAACCGCGUCCCAUUCGACCACACUCACCGUCAAUGGUUCGGGACUAUCAUCAUCCGUUUUCCUAGAGAGAUAUAUAAUACAUUUUCUCCUUCUGCCGAUCGCGUUCAAUGCCGAGGUGGCCAAUUCAGGAGAUUCCGUGUCCGUACCUUGUUCGAUCUUGAAAGGCGACAUGCCGAUGGACAUAUCGUGGGCGUUCAACGGCGUGCCGAUCGACACGUCGAAAGACGCUAGUAUCACGGUAACGAGAAUCAGCAAACACCUGAGCACCCUUAGCAUCGACGGCGUCUCUGCAAGACACGCCGGAGAGUACGCCUGCUCCGCAUCGAAUCUCGCCGGUUCCGUCAGUCGAUCGGCAACAUUGACGGUGAACGGUACGAUUUCCCUCUUCAACCUUCGCCCCUCAACUCUCUACGUUCCCUCUGCAUUCUGUGCUUUCGCUGUGAACAAGACACCACGUUCCUCCCUCGCUCUUCCCAAACGAUCUAAAUUCCCUCCCUUAAUGGAACAUCUUUUUCCUCCCUCGAUUGUGCUUGCCCCGCAAAUACUACCAUUCGCCUUCGGCGACGAGCCGGCCAGUUGGGGCGAACUAGUCUCCGUGACGUGUUCGGUGGCCAAGGGCGAUCAGCCUCUCGAGAUAUCUUGGGCGUUUAACGGGACUCCGAUCGACAGCCACCACGGAUCCGACGUCGUCAUAGGGAGCACGAACAAGAAAAACAGCGUGCUAACUAUCGAGUCGGUCGCGGCGAGACACGCCGGCGAGUACACUUGUUCAGCGUCGAAUCGCGCCGGCGCUACCACGCACUCUUCUCGCCUAACUGUAAACGGUACAUGUGUACGGCCCGUUCGCAUCCUGCAGUUCUCAUUCGGCGACGAUCCGCUCAACUCCGGCGAGAUGCUGUCGGUCUCUUGCACGAUCGUCAAGGGCGACUUCCCGGUGAAUUUGACGUGGACGUUCGACGACACGCCGAUAGACUCGAGCCGGCCGGACGUUAAUAUCAUAAUUAAUAAGAGGGUCAGCUUCUUGAGCAUCGACAGCGUGGCGGCCAGGCACGCUGGAAGAUACAAGUGCAUCGCGUCAAAUGCCGCCGGAUCCGACAGCCACACCGCCGUGCUCUCGGUCAACGUCGGGCCGCAAUUGGCGCCGUUCGUAUUCGGCGACGAGGCGGCCAACGCGGGAGAAAUGGCCACCGUUCAGUGCGCCGUGAUCAAAGGCGAUUUACCGGUGAAGAUCGUGUGGUCACUGAACGGUCGGCCUGUCGAUGUCGGACGCGUGUCCGGUGACCACAGUUACGACAUUCCUGACAUCGACAUCGUCGUAACCAGAAGUAGUAAACGGAUCAGCACCCUGACGAUAGACUCGGUAGCCGCAAGACACGCGGGCGAGUACUCGUGCACCGCGACCAACGCAGCCGGAUCCGCUACGCACACGUCGGUUCUCUCAGUGAACGUUUGCAACUCACGAUUCGGGUGGUUGGUCGGCCGUGUGAUACACGCGGGGGUAUGCGAGACACCGCGAGCUGAACACUGUGGUGGAGGUGAACAUUCAGUGCGAGAUUUUUACCUUGCCUUCUCCUCGUCUUCCGAGCAUCGAUAUCCAUCCCAGCGUUGUUGUCACGUCUCGACAGUACCGCCACGCAUUGCCCCGUUCGAAAUGGCCGACAGGGCUGUGAACUGGGGCGAUUCCGUAUCGGCUGUCUGCACCGUAGUCAACGGGGACUCCCCGCUCGAGAUCAGCUGGGCGUUGAACAAUAUGCCUGUCGACGAGAGUCAUCGGAUAUCCGUCACUACCACGAAAAGGAACAGCCUGCUGUCCAUUGAUUCGGCCAGUCCGAGUCACGCGGGGACGUAUACCUGCGUUGCCUCGAACGCGGCCGGCGCCACCAGCUAUUCGGCGGAAUUAACUGUGAAUGACACAGACCCGAAACACAGAGACACAGAGACCAGACACACCUUCAUCUUCAUCCCGUCUUCGUCUUUUCGAUCCUCUCUCCUCGUUCAUUGUAAUCCCGUAAUACGUAUAAUACGUAUCGCGCCAACGAGAACGUUCGUCUCCUCGUACGUCUGCAUCGGACCGCAAAUAUCAAUGGCAGAGAAUACAAUGUCGGUUACAGUCGCACCGCAGAUCGCUCCGUUCGUGAUCACCGAGGAGCCGGCGAACUGGGGCGAAUCGAUUUCUGUGGUGUGCGCCAUCCUCAAGGGCGACUUGCCGAUCGAGAUCACGUGGGCCCUGAACGGCGAGCCGAUCAGCCGCGAUCGUUCGGAUGUUAACGUUCUGGCGACCACGCGAAAGAACAGCAUCCUGAGCAUCGAGUCCGUGGCCGCGAGACACGCGGGCGAAUACACGUGUUCUGCGUCCAACAAAGCCGGAGCGACCAGCCAUUCGGCCACCCUGGCUGUCAACGGUACUUUCCCUCUUCGGCAGAGACGUUCUCCGAUGUAUUUAUUCCUCCUUCUCUGUCUCCUCUCAUACACUGCCAAGUCCAAGUCGGUGUCGGCGGUCGAGGCUUUUGCAAUCUCUUUUCAACAGAAAAACGCGAUCGAUCCCUCUGACUCGCGAGACUUACUCGAAGGUCGAAUCGAACGCAGGUGGUUACGAAUCAUUGGUAAUCGAGCGAGCACAAUUGGACAAUCAAGGAUUCUUUGUUCGUCCCCUUUGUUCGUAGUUGCUCCCGAGAUAGCUCCGUUCGUGAUCAGUGAGAAACCGGCAAACUGGGGGGACACGGUCACCGCAACCUGCACCAUGCUGAAAGGUGACUCGCCGAUUCAGAUCGAAUGGGCCCUCAACGGCGAGCCGAUCUCCCACGAUUAUUCCGAUAUAUCGAUCGCCACCAGCAGGCGCGUCAGCUUGCUGACGAUCGACGCGGUGACGGCGAGUCACGCCGGCGAGUACACCUGCAUGGCGAGCAACGCCGCCGGUGGGACGAGUUUCACCGCGACUUUGGCCGUGAACGGUACAAUGCGCGUUCCUUGUUCCCAGAACUCUCAGUCUGCUUCAGUUCUCUCGAUGCAUGCGCGAUACACUUGGCCGGGUAGCUUCCCUUUUUCACACGAUUCCUGUUUCGAUCAUCUUGCACCGGAAAUCGUGCCAUUCGUGAUCGGAGAGGGACCAGCGAAUUGGGGGGACACCGUGACCGCGACGUGCACGGUGCUGAAAGGGGAUCAUCCGAUCCAGAUCGAGUGGGCCUUGAACGGCGAGCCGAUUUCGCGUAACCAUUACGACAUAUCGAUAGUGAACACCAGCAAGCGUGUCAGCGUGUUGACGAUCGACGCUGUGACAGCGAGACACGCGGGCGAGUACACGUGUUCCGUGAGCAACGCAGCCGGUGGGACGAGUUACUCCGCAUCUCUCGCCGUGAACGGUACAAAACGAUGUCCCCGUGUAAUUUUCUCUUUCCUUCAUCCCCCACUUCUCUCGCUGUUCUCUUUUAUCUUCUCGUUUCAUGCAUGCACGCGACGUUCCCAUCAUUAUGUCCUAUUACACGAUCCCCUUCGAUUCCUCUGCGAAGUAAAGUCCGAAGAGAAGAGGAGAUCCGUCGCGUCGUGCGUGUCACGCGUGCAUAGCACACGUUUCGUUUAUCGAAUGAACUCUUCAUCGGUGUUCCAACGGAAGGAUUAUCCACUUGUUUUCCACCUCUCUUUUUUCUUUUUAUCGACGAUUCGUUCACUGUGGCGAGAAGUGUUCUCGCGGCGCCAGGAGCUGACAGAAUUGACAGCAAUUAAUCAACACGGUGCCAUGUGUACCAUGAAUUGCUAA